GAGACGACCGUCUGUCGAUAAAGGACGCGUUUGAAUUUUUCACGAAUUUUUUGUCAAGUAUUUUGUCGAAUAGAACAUUUUUGUCGAAGUUUUUUCGCAUUUUUUGUGGUUUUAUGUAAACUUAUGUGUUGUGAGUGUGCGAGGUGACAUUAAGAAUAUUUUAACUGAUUUCCAAAUGGAGUUGUCUUGGAAUUACUGUUUUUGAAGAAUUCCCGAAAACAAUGACACCAGUUGAAGAUUAGCAACAAAAGAAAGAAAAUAUAGAUAAAGAUACAAAAAUGAACCUUAAAGGAACAGAUAGCCCACCAACACCAGCUGUACCAAGCAGGAUACCAACAGUUAAAGACAUCAAACAAAUACAUUCUCAAAAAACGGCAAUGACAAUAAAUUUCCGAGACCCAUACGUAUUAUACAACGAUUUUACAAGUAUAAACAAAAAGACUAGAAAUGAAAGUCUAACCUAUUGUUUUAUAAGUGUAAUUAUAAGUUUUAUAUUCGGUCUAGCUAUCGGUAUAGUUAUAAUGAGUGGACAAUACACAGAAAGUAUAGCAAAAAGUCCAAAAACUGCACCCGUACAUAAAAUAGCUGUAGUGAAAAAUGUAGCUAAAGUUGAAACAAAUAAAUUCACCGCAGUAUCUUUUACUGGACAAGAAAACAAGUAUAAUAAAGAUAUAUAUCCUAAAGGAUUGACAGAAGAUAUGAAAGAUAUACUAAAAGAUACAAAAAGUGAUAAUAGACAUACGAUAAUACUGAACAAGACCUUCACCCCAGAUGGGUCAACCGUUUUAUACGAUAGUAUAUUUUGGGGACCUCAAAUUGAAGAUGCAAUGCCUCAAGGUUAUGGUGAAGGGUCAGCGAAGAUCUGGGAACAGUAUAUCAAUGAUGCAGAGGUUGUUAAAAUGGAGGGUGGAUGUGGUAGGAUGCAGAAUCGUCUAGUUACUUUCAAAGAUGGUCUCCAAGCUUGCGUAAGAUACAGGCAAAAUACAGAUCAAAUCCAAGGAGAGAUAUUUAGUUUCUACGUAGGAAGGUUGCUGAAUUUGACGAAUUUAGCCCCAUCUGUAGUGAGAAUAGUUGAUUUAAAGGAUAAACUUUGGAAAAACGUGGCUAAUGACAUCGCUGCGGCACAAUGGGGAUCAAAUAGAGCGGUAGUUUUGACACAAUACAUACCUAGUUUAGAAUCAGCAUCCAUUCCUGAUAUUUUUCGCCCGACGACAAGACAUUUGAAUAAGUAUGAUAUACUAAAAAUGUCCUUGAAAGAGAAUGAUACAGAAAGCAAGCAUAUUUUGAUAGACAAACUUAGAUUUAAGGAUAUGAAAUCUAAAUCCGAGAUGAAGAACUUCACCUAUAUCAACGUGAAGCUGAACAAAAAGACGAUUGACAAGUUUUUGGAACUGGCUCAGUGGUCGGAUUUGAUCAUAUUUGAUUAUUUAACAGCUAAUUUGGAUAGGAUAGUUAAUAACUUAUUUAACUAUCAGUGGAACGUGAACAUUAUGGAUGGGCCAGCUCACAAUCUGGCUAAGAAAAUGGACAGUGGACUUCUAAUCUUUUUAGACAAUGAAUCAGGACUUUUACACGGCUAUAGACUUUUGAAAAAAUAUAAUGUGUAUCACAGUUUGAUGUUGGACAACCUAUGUGUGUUCAGAAAAAGAACUAUAGACUCUCUACAGAAACUAUUUACGUCAAAAUCCGUGGGUUCCUUAUUGAGUGAUAUGUUCCACAAAAAGAACUCAAUUGUUAUAAGAGACAUUCUACCUUCUCUGCCGGAGAAGAAUGCGAAAAUUUUAAUCGAGAGAAUAGGUAAAGUUUUGAGUCAAGUUGGAAAAUGUGAAGUUAAUUCCAGAUGAGUGGGGUCUCUUUUUUUAAACUCGCACUUUUUUAUACACAAGCUUUCAGUCAGCGAAUUCGUACAGACAAAUAGAUGCUUCUCGUUUUACGGUUCUCGUGGGAAUAUUGUGAAAUCGUCCCCUAGUACCCUACACUCCCAAAGGAAUAUACAUGCUAAGUUUCAGCUUCCUAGGUCCGAUAGUAUCGACUGUGUGUUGUCUGUCAGUCACUCAGUAAAGGAAAUGUUUUAUAUAACAGAAAGAAAAUUUUACACAACAAUUUUAGUAAACUAUUUUGUUAUACUAUAGGCUGCUCACCUACGUUCCAUUGUUAUUAUCAUUAUCAUAUACCUUCCUCAUAUUCCUACUCUUUACUAUAAGUUAGCUGACGUAUUCUCUUUAGUAUAUUCUUCUUCCAAUAAAAUCUGUCAAGACUUUAUUUUCCUUGUGCCAUGAUUUUUCUCAAUGCAUAAAUGUAUGUAAGUACCUACAUAAUAUUAUAUUUUAUUAAACAGCUCUUUUAACUUUCAUUAUCUUAUUUUCUUUUCCGCUACAUUGGUUGACUCUCUAAAAUACAAACAUGUGUUUUAGUAAUCAUCAGGUUUUUUUAAAUCAUAAGAAAAUAAUGUUUGAUACGAUUAAUACAAGAAAUUAUAAAUACCAUGUAUGUAAUAAAAACUAUAUCCUAUUAAUAUUAUAGAUGCGAAAGUUUGUACAGACAUAUGCGUGUGUGUUUAUUACUAUUUCAUGCAAAAACAGCUGAAGGGAUCGAGAUAAAAUUUGGAACGGGGUUAGGUUAUGGUCUGGAAUAACACAUAUAGGCUACUUUUCAACCCACGGGAACGUGGGCAAAGCCGCUGGCUGAAACUAGUGUUAAUAUAAAAGUGCAAGUAAAAGAGUGAUACAUAUUGAUGCCAAAUAAUAAUUAUUAUUUAUUGUUUAAACUGUACUAUUAUUUAGUAUUAUUAAUAAAUAAAUGUGCCAGUUAACUAUUAAUAGUUGUGAGGUUGAAAACAUUAUGAUCACAUUAACAGCCUAUAAGUGGCCACUG